AGAUCCGUUUACCACCUGAAGUGAACCGGAUAUUGUACAUCAGGAAUUUGCCCUAUAAAAUCACUGGAGAGGAAAUGUAUGAUAUCUUUGGAAAGUAUGGACCUAUUCGCCAGAUCAGAGUUGGGAACACGCCAGAGACCAGAGGCACUGCAUAUGUGGUCUAUGAAGACAUCUUUGAUGCCAAAAACGCCUGUGAUCAUCUGUCCGGUUUUAAUGUCUGUAACAGAUACUUGGUUGUCUUGUACUAUAAUGCAAACAGGGCAUUCCAGAAGAUGGACACAAAGAAAAAAGAAGAGCAGCUUAAACUUCUCAAAGAGAAAUAUGGAAUCAACACUGACCCACCCAAAUAA